CAUAUCGUGCAGUAAUUCACUCAGGUCUCAGUUUUGGCUGCACAUAAAUGUACUUUUAAGCCCCUGUGAGCAUUAAACCUCUGCAGUUAUUAAAUACCUCCACCCCUGCCUGCUCCUCACAGUCAAAUAGCUGUCAGAGAAAAUUGGUGUUUACACUGGGUACUGCAAAGCAAUAUUGUCUAUGUAAUACUGUGUAUCUAUCUUUUUUUACAUUUCAAGGUCAUGUCCAUUUUCACGUCAAAACAAAAAUACUGCAUGCUUUCAGAGGCUGGAAAUGAUAGGCAGAGGGGGCAGAUGAGAGACGGGGAGAUGAAUGGAAUAGAGCCAAAUGAGUGUAGGACUCAAAAUGAAAGCAGAUGGAACGGAGUUGUCUGUUUUGGAUUUAUAUGGAUGGAUUAAAGAAGAGGAGUGUGUGUCUCUCCUUUUGUGUGUGUGAGUGUAUGUGUGUGUGUGUGUGACAUGCUCACAGUAGUGUCUGACCGCUGGGUUGGAUCAUAAAGACUGACAGAGGUCAGUGUGGCGUCCAGAAUCCUCCCUCAGUCUCACCGUCCGACCCAGAGGGAAAAGGCCCUGAUGUUUCCUUCCCUGUUCUCUGAAGACGAAGCAGGAAAAAGCACCAGAGACUAAAGGAGCCAACCCCCGUCCAACCCCCCCGGUCUCCGCAAUGGCGUUCCUGCAGCAGAUGCGUUCCCCCCGCCUCUCCUUCAUCCAGACGGUGGUGUCCCUGUUCCUGGGAACCGUGGCCCUCCUGUCAUCAAACUGGUGCGUGGGGAAACAGAAGGUGCCCAAGCCGCUGUGCACGCCCACCAAGCACAGCAACUGCAUCCCCGUCCCAGGCGUGUCCAACUCCUCCAGCAUCCAGUUCUCCUGGGAGACUGGGGACGACCGCUUCGUGUUCCCCACCUUCCACACCGGCCUGUUCCUCACGUGUGAAGAGAACAUCUACACGGACGCGUGGGAGGAGAAGUGUCGAGGCUUUUAUACUUUGACUCCUGUUCAUGAAAAAGCAAUGAUGUGGCUGUCCUUGUCGUUGGAGCUCAUGUACAUCGGUCUGCUGCUGAUCAGCUGCGUUCUGCUGUCUGUGCAGCUGUGCAUCAGGGCCUGGUUCCCCUCCACGCAGCGCUGGGGCCAACUGCUCAAUUCUUUCGCCGCCGUCUUCACCGUCCUGGGAGGUCUGCUGGGGAUGGUGGGUCACAUGAUGUUCAUGCAGGUGUUUCAGACCACAGCAUCGAUGGGACCAGAGGACUUCAGACCUCACAGCUACGGCUUCUCAUGGGCUUUUUAUGUGGCCUGGUUUGCCUUCACCGUCUGCAUGUCUGCCGGCGUCUCCACCCUCAACAACUACACCAAGAAAGUCCUGAUGGUGGGACCCAGGUGCAAGUCAGGCCUUAACCCCUGCAGCUUUAACUUCGUGGGGCUCCUCCCCCCUGCUCCUUAUUACACCCCUCCGAAUCCGGCCAUCACACUGGCCUGUCCCUCGUCUCCCCCUCGCAUCUCCCACCUGUCCCCCUACUAUGAGCCCCCGUCCAUUAAACUACCACCGUCCUCCUCUUCCUCGUCCUCUCCAAGACUCAUCCACUCCUACUCCUUUCCUCUCCAACACUCCGCUUCCUUCCCUCCUCCUCCUCCCUCCCACCCUGCGCCUGGAUCUCCCUUCCACCGCUCGUCCCUCCCUUCGCCAUUUCCCUCGCCGACCCCCUCCAUCUCUGGCCACAUGCCCCAGCCACGACACCAGGAGGACAUGUGUCCCAGAUACAGGACAGAGGAAGACUUCAGCCCACUUUAAGCUGCUAAUCCAGAGUUUUUCUAUGACUGUUAUUAUCACAGUGCAGUUUAUUGUUUGUCCUGUGCUCUGAAUUACACAGUUAGGCCGCUCAGUGACCCACUGAAUCCUCUGACCAUUAUAACUGUUCUAAUGAUGAAUGACAAAUGGAGACAUCCUGGUAAUAUCUGGGUCUGAACUGUAAAUGUUUUGUAACCUGAGCACAGCACAAAUGCAGCCUAGAAACCCACUGUAACUGUAUGUGAGUGUUUUUAUGUGAUUGUACUGGGGGCUGAGGGUGGGAGGCACGGUGUGGUCAGACAUCUCCCAAAUUGUAGAUGCUUCUUUGGAAAUGUGGAUGUUUUGUAUUUCGUCAGACUUCAGAUGGAAAUCAACCUGUAGCUAAACUGGUGCAACACAUUUUUUUUCUCUAAGAUUAAUAUUUUUCUGUACAUCAUCCCUGUUAACUACAACAAGAAAAAAAGUGAAGUUCAUAUCAAAUAAACUUGAUGAAGAGACUGAUUCCUGUUGAAACAGGUCACUUGUUAAAUUAAAAAAACCUUCACAUGAAUUUGUCUUAAUCUUGAGAACCAGAGCAACAGAAAAAUAAAACAAUGACUGGUUUUAAAUCAACUUUUAAUAUCAUAAAAAUCAUUGUCAUCUAUAAUGAGAAAUAACAGUAGCAACAUUAAAUUGCAUUGUAGGAAACAAAACAUAUUUACACAUUAUAUCAUCAGGGAAGUUGCAUAUGUGUGUGGGGAAAAAGUGUUUAUUUUGAAUAUAAGUGUGACAUAUUAGUGAUAUAAGUUGGAGUUGAUGUUAUUUUGUGUUAUUGUGAUUAAAAGAUGAUUUACUACAAGUGGUAUAAGUGUAAUUCAGAUACUGUUUACAUUUUGAACCGGAAUAAACUAAAAUUCUUCUGACUAAA